GGGGCUCUUAGUUGAUUUUGAGCAUAAAGCUGCUCUUAUUUUGUUCUUAUAUUGUGAGAAAUUUUGACGUCCGUUUGCUUAAGAAGUUGUUGUUAUAAAAAAAUUCGUGUAAUACGCUCAGAAAAACGCAAACACAUCCACAUUUAAAGUUUAGGUUCAUGAAUGUGAAGGUACUGCAGGGUUCAUAUAUUUUUUUAUUAUUUUGUUUUUCCAUACUAUAGUAACAGAGUAACUAAGCCUUCGUAUAUUGAAUAAAAUCAAUCGUUGAGAAAGCUUUUUGUUUGUUUAUUGAUUAACGUGCUAUCCAGCGUACUUACAUAAAAUCAAUUAAUUAGUAAUUAUGCAAGCAUAAUUAAUAUAAUCAAUAUUCUCUAUUACAAGAUUUUUAAAUUUUAGAAAUUUAAAUUAGCAAAAAUGGUGUGGUAUCUCAGAUCUGUAUUUAAUUUUAUGAAAAAUGUCAGUUUUUUUGUUGGAAGGGCGUGGGACAUUACUUCUUAGGAAAAAUCUGUCGGGUGUGGUGGAACGUUAAAGAAGCACUGCUUGCAGUCUCACGAUUUUAGCAACUUAAAAAAAGUUAACGCAGGGACCCACAAAGGUCAAGGAAACGAGAAAACAGAAAUAAGAAAGCCAUGGCGUCUCCCGCAAAGGCUUCCACCUGUUUCAUUUGUGGUAACGAAUUUCCGCAUGCUGAACUGUCAGCACACGAAAAAUCAUGUUUAGAAAACAUACAAAAAACCGAUAUUCAGUACACUCGCCAGAAUACCGAAAGUUCGGAGACUUCCUUACCACAUACUUUUGACUCGUCAAAUUUAUCAAACCAUUCGGCGUCAAGUAGUGACAGUUAUGAAAAAAAGUUCGUCAGAUGUUAUAUUUGCGGAACUGACGUUCCCACAUAUUUGACGGCGAUUCAUGAAAAGAAUUGCAAAAAGAGCUGGGAAACAGGUUUGUUUAACUCCAUCUGUGCAUCGACAAAAAAAUCAACCUCGCUUUCUCGAGGAACAAGUCGGACAGACUUACGACAUGAUUCGUCUACCAGUGGGAUGAAAAAAUCUAAAUCCAGUUCGAACAUUGCAAAAAGUCCGACAACCGAUAAAGUAUUCUUUGAUGAUGAUAUUACAUCACCCAAACCAAAGGGGAUGUCAUCGUUGAAGUCAAAAUCGUUUUCCAAUCUUUCCAAAACAAAACCAAAAGAGAAAAAACCCUUUGUAACAGGGGUCCGAAAUACCGACUGGAAUAAAACAAAGUCUUUGCAAGACAUCCGGAGUGAUAGGCCGGCACAAAAGAAGUCCGGACCGGGUCAGUAUGUGUUAUGCAAUUUUUGCGGUAAACUGUAUUCCAUGCAUUCUAUAGGAAUUCACGAACGUCAAUGCGAAAAAACUCGAAGCCUUCAAAAAAAUGCAGGAACUGGAUCUGAUUAUAAAAUUAAAAGCAAAUCGAUGGUUGAUCUAUCAGGUAUAAAAAAAGGAGCACCAUUAACUCGACCUUUAACUCGCAACACAACUCGACCAAGUACGGCUACGUCUACUAGAAAGACUGAGCAUAAGAAUUCUCCGAAACAGAGACCGUCUACUUCACAUCCACUGACUCGUGUUACUCGUAUAAUCGGAGUUUCUACGAACACCGGAAACAAAACACGUUCCCCUGAUAAAAGUGAAUCUAAAACAACUUCACUUAAAAAUGUCAAUGUUAAACCCACGGAGGAGAGUGGAGAGCAACAUAAAGAUGUUCAAAAAAAGAUUAGUAAGAAUAGUGAAGAUUUAAAAAUUUCGAACGGAAUUAAACAGGAGGAGAAAAAAACUGCUUCCCCUGGUCUACAAAAGUGUUAUUUAUGUGGACAAUUGUACGGUACACGAUCAUUGCCUAUACAUGAAAAACAAUGUUUAAAAAAAUGGGAAAGAGAAAAGAAAGGAGAGAAAGUUAAAGAGAUGAAUUCAAAGAAACAAAAAGAAAUAAAAGUCAUUCCAUUUGGAAGAUCAAAAUCUUCUCAGCAUUCCCAAGAAACCAGCCCGGAGACCUCAUUAUGCCCUGACGACCAAGCUAUAUUUACACCAACCACUAUAUUAGAAUCACAAGUGGUUGUAGAAUCAAAAGCCUCUUCCGCCACCAACGAAACUUUGACUGAACAACCGGUAGACGAACAAAAAGAAAUUGUUAUAAACGGCACUCACAAUUCCGAAAUUUCGUUAAAUGAAAGCAAUAUCUCGUCAGACGAUGUAGAUGAUUUUGUUCAACCAUUAAAUUCUCCUAACAAAUUUGUUAUUUGUGUGUAUUGUGGGCGUAACUAUGGGCAACAUUCGAUUCACAUUCACGAGAAAAGUUGCCGAGACCGAAAACUGCUCGAAGAAGAGGCUCAAAAUCGAAUCGAGGCAAAAUUAAAGGCAUACAAGAAACUUUCAGCGCUAAAAUCAAGUAAAAGCUUGGGAGAUAUUACGUCGGAUAAUUUGUCGUAUCUUAAUGGCAACGUUGCUAAUGGCGACGCCGUCGAUUUGGUAAAAUGUGACGAAUGCAAUCGUAAUUUUUUAUCUGUAGAUAUCGAAAAACAUCGCGUUAGUUGUAGCGUAUUUGUUUUUUAAAGAUUUAUUUCAAUGAUUCAAUAUAUUUUGAACGAAAACGUAGACAAGAAAGCCUGGGUACUAAGCUGCCAGACUUGUCUUUGUUUUUGUUUUUUUAACGUUAACCGAAGUACUAGAUUGCUUUUAAUGUUCAGGAUUUGUUUUUAUAUUCUUUUUAAUGAAAAACUUGACAGUUUUUUUAAGUUGAAUAAGUUUUAAAAAAGUAAUCCGUAGUUCGUACCCACGACUUUUUACUAAAAUUGCCACAUUUAAAAAAACAACAACUGUAAACCAGGUUGUGUAGUUUAUAUUUUUUUGAAUAAAAGACCGUACUGCAUGUAAAAUAAACGCCUGGGCGUCUAUUUUACAUUUAAGGUAAGGCGCUUUAAAAAAGAUGGCGCUGAUAAAUGUUUAGUCUGAAAAAUGCAUUUUCCGACUGGCAUUUAUUUGAAAAUUACUUUUUUAUAAAAAAAUGAAGAGAACUUUCGCGAAUAGACAACUUGUUUUUUAUGUUUCAGAACAAUAUUCUUCUGUAAAUUGUACGGUGAUAUUUAUAUCAGUUAAAAAUUUCAUCAACGAUGCAAACAACAAAGAGCGAACAAAUUUUCUUUUUAUUUAAAUAUUUUAUAUACUAGUAUAUUUAUUCUUAUAAUCGAUAUUAUUAUUAUUAUUAUUAUUACUAGUAUUUAUGUUAUCAAUUUGUUUAUAUAUUUACGUAGUUAAUAUUCUUAUCAGGAAAUAAAAACACAUCUUUUUACUCACGUCAAUUUUCAUAUUCACACAACAUUUAAGUUAGCUGCAGUAAAAAGAAGCUGACCAUCUUUUUUAUACACUGUAUACUAAGUGACGUCAUUGUGUACAAAAAAUGUCAGGUGAGUGUGACCGCGCACAUGUGCAGUCGUCACUAACCGAUGUAUAGAAAUGGCC